AUUAUAAUCAUUUACGUUGAGCCAACAAAUGGGAUUACAUAUAUCUUUAAUCUUUGUCAGUGAGGUUUGAAAGUUGACGUGUUCGGAUGAAUAUUGUACUUGUAGUCUGUGGACUUUACUUAUGGUGUGUACAAUUAAUUAUUUAAAGUGAAAAAAUUGAAAUACAGAGUAAUUUACUUAAGAGACACCCUAUAUGUUACGUAUGGUUAGUGUGGUACGCCUGAUAUUACUAAAGCAACAGCGCCUUAAAUGUCAAACGGCAGUAAUCUUAACCUCGCGAAGUGAUAUGACGAAUUUAAUUUUUCAUUUGGAACACAAAUUUAAUCUUUUAAUUGGUGAAUCAUGCAGUAAUCAUACUAGAAAAUGUCAUGCAGUUCAUUAAACUUCAGUCACAGUUUAACGAUUUUCAAUUUAUACAAUUUCAUAACAUUUUGAGGAGGUUAAGUUAAUAAUAUUUACAAGUGCAGAUUGGGACACCCACUUUUAUUUAAUCUAAACACCGAAAUGACGCACUUCCAAGCGAGGGCCUUGUACGAUUUUACAGGAGAGCCAAAUACGGCCGAAAUGACGAUUACGGCCGGUGAAACAUUAACAGUGACCAGAACGGAUGUCGGAGAAGGAUGGUGGGAAGGUUUAAACGCCCAGGGUAAAUCUGGCUUGUUUCCUCAAGCUUAUGUGGAGAAAGUGGCGAGUGGUUCGGGCCCGCCCCCUAUGCCUGCACCGGUUUUGCUACCCCAAAGCUUUUCGGAUGAUUGGGGCGACGCGGGUGGCAAUCAAACUUCUCAGGAUAACGACGGUUGGGACGACGACUGGGACGAGGAUCCGUACUCGGAGAUACCCAACAAUAAUAACAUGCGGCAGCCACAGGAGAGUUUGUACGCUAACGAGAAUGCCCUCAUGCAGUUUAGUAAGGGCGAUUCGGACACAAUUUCCGAGAUGAGUUUUGGUGUAGAUAAUAAGGGGACAGUGACGAAGAAGAGUUUUAACAGGUUUUCCACGUUUGUCAAAUCAGGGGGUGAGAGUUAUAUUUUAGGUAAUUUGAAAGUGCACGUCGAAGACAGUAAUAAGAUUUCCAUACUGAAGUUGGAUGAUGGCAUUUGCUGUUGGUCUCCGAUACCGGCGUCAGAGGCCUAUACUGUAGUUGUGGCUUCUCCAAAGAAGGAAUCGAAACUGAAAGGUCUCAAAAGUUUUAUCGCCUAUCAGCUGACGCCCUCCUUCAAUAAAAUUCAGGUCUCGCGUAGAUACAAACAUUUUGAUUGGCUGCACGAGCGGCUAACUGAGAAAUUCAGUUUAAUUGCGGUCCCUCCGCUUCCGGACAAGCAAAUUUCAGGCCGGUACGAGGAACAGUUCAUCGAGCAUAGGAGAACCCAGCUGCAGGAGUUUGUGGAUUGGAUGUGUCGACAUCCUGUCUUAUCUAAUUCGGAAGUGUGGCGUCAUUUUUUGACUUGCACCGAUGACAAGUUGUGGAAGCAGGGCAAACGACAGGCGGAGAAAGAUCCACUUGUCGGUGCCAACUUCUGUUUAUGUAUUGAAGCGCCCGAUAAGAAUUUGUUGCAAUCUUUCGUCGACGAAACCAUCGAGACCAACACAAACUUCAUUCACAAUUUAGACACGGCCGUUAAAAAUUUGCAGGGCACCGCUUCUGAUCAGGCGAGAAAAUACGGGGGUGCUUUCAAAAAAGAAUACACAAAAGUCGGGGAGAGCUUCUACAGUCUGGGAACUGCAAUCGAAUCGGCAGAAAAGGCAACCCCCAGCGACUUAGCGACUGGAAUAAAACGAAUAGGCACAGCAUAUUUCGAAAUAGGCAAAAUAUUCGAGGACCAACCGAAACUGGACUGGGAACCCUUCCUUGAUAAACUCUACAUGUAUAAGGGAAUUACCGGUUCGUUUCCGGACAUCUUCGCGAUCCACAAGGGGGCGCAGCAGAAAAGGAAAGAGUGCGAAAAAUUGAAUACUCCACCAGCACAACUAUCCGAGGUACGGAAACGUACCGACACCGUCAGCUAUGCUAUUUUUGCCGAACUGCAGCACUUCAAGGAGGAGAGGGAUGUGUUUUUAAAAGACGCCAUGAAGUUGUAUCUAAAUCAGCAGAUAAAUUUUUAUAAACGAAUUGUGGACAAAUUAGAAAAUACCCUGCACGCAUUUGAGUAGACGAUCUGUAAUCAUUUUACAAUUUUUUAUACGAUAAUUUAAGGUACAGUACAAAAGUAUGUAAGAUUUUAUUUUCUUAUGAAGCUCAAAUAUUCCAAUAACGAAGCGGUAAUUUUUUUUCAUUUUUAAUUCACCAAAAAUUUUAAACCAAAAAAAUGUACACUCGCGUUAGAUAUAAAUUUACUUUAUUUUUAUUAUGUAUACACUUUUUACAUGAAAUUGGAUGUUACCUGGGUUUAGUGAUUAUGCCUACCUAUUUAAUAGUGCUGUGGUAAUAAUUGUUUAAUUAAUAAUUUUACUCGUUUAAUUUUUAUAUCUGUAUGUAUGAAAUAAUUUCCAAUGCUAUAAUUAAUUAUAUUUUACGAAAUAUAAUCAUAAUAAUUGUAUAUUUUUGUUAAAACGAUAUUAGGGAAAUAUAGAGCUUUAUCGAAA